GCAAUCAAGAACUACGUGCAAGAGGUGGCGAUCUGCCCCCCUGCCAGUGACGUUUCCUGCUACAAUGUCGAAGGUGAGACCUUUUGUGAUCUCGACGUCCGACCCUCCAUCUUAAAGGGUCAAGGGCCCCGGGAGGAGAAGGACAUACCAGACUUCGGCGACAAGGCUUUUCUGCACGAGUUCGACGACGCACCGCAACGCAGGGGUCGAGCAAGGGAGCAGCAGGUGCCCGAGAAGGUGGACUAUCACCUUUGGGAGAUGGUGGAGCGCGUUGCCAACCUGUUCCGCAUCUACCCUACGGAGAGGCCGGGAGCUUCGUCAUCCGAGGACGACGAUGAGGACGAAGACGAAGACGAUGAGCAAGAGAGCGUGGCUGGCUUCCUGCAGACAGCAUCUGGCAUGACUCCCUCGCAGGCCAGGCUCAACAAGCAGAAGGAGGAGCUUGCCAAGGCAUACAUGGGCAUCGUGAUUCGAGCCUUCAGCGGCCGGCAAACCCAGGCGCAGAUGAGCCGAUGGUUCGGCACGCGGGCCUUCUCCGACCAACCGUCACGGAAAGAGAUCUUGCGUGUCUUGAAUUCCGUCGACCACAUGAUCAGCAACGUUGUGUACGUCUAUCCGGGGCCAAAGUGCAAGCCGAACACGUACGCGUACGUCUACCCCCAGGCCUACACAUGCAAUGAAGGAAAGCAAGCAUCACGACCAUGCACGACCAUGCGACGCAGCAAGAAGUACGUUUUCUAUCUGUGCCCCCUCUACUUCCAGAGACCCGCUGAAAUGGUCGAGACGUUGGUCCAUGAGGGCUCGCACCAUGCCACGGCCUUCACAGAUGACGUGGAUUUCGAGGGGGGCACUGCCUAUGGCCGAUCUACAUGCCAGAAGCUUGCUCGGGCCGAUCCUGCACUAGCACUGAAAAACGCUGACAACUUCUGCUACUACAUCCAGGACACAGCCACACAGAUGUCAGACAGCCGCCCGGCAGCCGGACCGGAUGGCUCCGGCUGCCCAAGCUUUGCCAGCGUUUCCCAUCCUGACAGGGAUGGCGACUGCAAAUGCCCCCAGUCAAAGCAGUGCUUCUACGAGGGGAGCCUGGGAUGCCCCUUUUCAUACACUGCCACAAAAAACACCUACAGCCCUGCGUACUUCACUGCGCAGUGCAAGACCUGCACCUGUGAAACAAAGAUCGAAACAACAACCACGACCACAACCACAGCACUCGCGAUUGGAGCGGCGAAGUCGAGAUGUCCUGCCUUUGCCGCCGUCCGCACACCAGACAGUGAGGGCGACUGCUCCUGCUAUGGUCUCUUGGCCUUCUUCAUGCUGACUUGUCUUGAAUGGUAUCAACAUCUAAGCAUAAG